CGUUGCUCACAAACGCACAAAUGUCCCAAAAUUUCGAGAUAGCCAAGCAGGAACAGUGGACACAGGAAAUCGAGAACAUCGAGUUGCAAACGAGGCUCGAGAGUUUGGAAGAGCCACUGAAAGCCGCGAACUCGCUAAAGGAUGUCGCGCUUAAAGAUUCUGAAGAAAUGAAGAACAGAAUAAUUCAGCUGGAGGCUUUGGAGCUAGAUCGGAAACUUAAUCAAGAUACUGAGAAGAGUUUAAAAAAUAAUUUGGCUAAUUUGGAAGAUCAAAUUAAUGACAAGAACAAGACUAUAAAAGUUCUUCAACAAAGGUUAGCGGAUAUGAAGAAAACUUUACAACGCGAAUUACGAGUGCCUUCAUCGUCAUUUGAUAAUGAUGACUCCGCGGCCAUUCUCACUCCUAGCUCAUCCAAAACAGUCACUGCCAAACAUCCGAACUCUCAAGAGGAGGAUGUUAAUUUUAAAUAUCUAAAACAUGUCUUAAUUAAAUUUUUAACUAGCAGAGAAUACGAGGCGUUACAUCUAACGAGAGCUGUUGCGACUCUACUUCACUUUUCGCCCGAAGAAGAAAGACUUCUUCAAGAAACUCUUGAGUGGAAAAUGUCCUGGUUCGGUACCCGACCUAAUUUGGGAUUUGGACAGACCGCGAAAGCCAUUCCGCCUAGCUGAUAAUAAAUUAAAUUGUUUUUUGUUAAUUAUAAAUUAUAAACAUUAAUUUGUCCUCGGCUUUUACCUUUAAAUUAUCACAUUCCAAUUUUUUAAUCGCUAUUUAUAUAAAUAAUUUUAAA